AUGGAGUCAUUUGGACCCUUUGCAUAUUGCUCGUGGACCCCUGAGCUGCACGACCUCUACCAGGUCCGACUAAGUGCCAUAGUGUGUACAAGGCGAUACGCGCCGUACCGGGCCGCGCCCCAUGCUUAUCGGGCCUGCCUGAUCUCGCAGUCGGCGUCCCAGGCCCAAAGCUUGGCAACUGGAGACUCCAACCCCCAAGCGGCCAAGACCGAGUCAAUUAGCACUAGCAAGCAGCAACACGGGUUGCCGUUUACCCUUGCGACUAUUGAUCCCAACACAUCAGCUAUUGACGUGUCCCGGACCAAGAAGCGGUACGGGCAUGCUGUCGACCCUCCCCAAUAUGAACCGCUCUACGAGGCUAUAGCUAUACUCGCAUUCCGAUUAGUCACUGUCGCAGUCAGAAUGCCUGCGUCUGCGCGGUGUCCUCCGUACGGAGGUGCCAUGGGAAGAAUGGGAAACCCGCGACUGUUUCAUCUACGCUCCCUCGGCCCUAUCACUGUCGACGCGUACCUGAACCGUUCCUUUAUCCGUUGGCUCUCCGCUGUUCCGCUGCCUCUCCGGACUCCGAAGACCGCUGGUUCAUGGUUUGUCUGGGAAUUGGCCCCAUCCUGA